AUGAAGCUGAGGUUUCUGGGGAUCUGGCUGCAUAAUUUUUCUGUGAAUACAGGUUUGGAGAUUUCAGAUUUCCAUUUAUUUUUAAUCUCAAGGAGUGUCAGUUUUGACAUAUUUCUCAUUGCUUUUGCUAGUAUGCUGAAGUGGUUCCCAUACCAAAUGUCAAGGUCUCUUGCAGCCAUAUUGGGAGGUGCUGCAGGAGUCAUGGCAUUGGUGGGGGUGGUUAUUUUUCUUCUAUGGUGCCUUUCUCACAAAAAGAGUGUGUCAAGAACUUCUGAGACAGGAUCUUCUGAAACAUCGGUUCAAGGAAGGCAUGCAGGGAUUGAGUUGUCAUUACGAGACGCAAGGCGUUUUGAGAUGGAAGAAUUGGCCCUGGCCACGAAAGGUUUUAGCGAGAAAAAUUUGAUUGGGUUAGGAAAAUUUGGGGAGGUAUAUAAAGGUUUGCUUAAUGAUGGGAUGGUUGUAGCCAUCAAAAAGAGACCUGGAGCUCCUAGUCCGGAAUUUGUUGAUGAGGUGCGUUACCUUUCACCUAUUCAGCAUCGGAAUCUUGUGACUCUUUUGGGCUACUGCCAGGAAAAUAACCUACAGUUUCUUGUAUACGAGUAUAUCCCUAGUGGGAGCGUUUCCAAUCACUUGUAUGGGGCUGGUCAAACUUCUGAUGGGAAGCUAGAAUUCAAGCACAGACUUUCAAUCGCUCUAGGGGCUGCUAAAGGUUUGGCUCAUCUUCACUCUCUAUCUCCCCGUUUGGUGCACAAGAAUUUCAAAACAGCCAAUGUUCUUGUUGAUGAAAAUUUCAUAGCUAAAGUUGCAGAUGCAGGACUUCGUAAUUUCCUGGGAAAAGUUGAUAUUGCAGGUCCAUCUACCCAAGUGGCAUCGGAUGAGAUAUUUCUUGCCCCGGAGGUGAGAGAGUUCAGACGAUUUUCUGAAAAAAGUGAUGUGUUCAGUUUUGGUGUAUUCCUUCUAGAGUUGCUAAGUGGCAAGGAAGCAGCUGAACCAUGUUCAGGGACGAGCCAAAAUCUAGUUGAAUGGGUGCAAAAUACUGAGGACUACACGAAUUUUUCCAGCAUUGUCGACCAAAGAUUAGGGAGUAACUUCACUGCUGAAGGAAUGGAAGAGUUUAUACAGUUGAUGCUCCGAUGUGUGGAACCAUCGAGUGAGAGACGACCAGCCAUGAGCUAUGUGGUAAUGGAACUUGAUCGUAUACUUGAGAAGGAGAUGAACUUGACGACAGUCAUGGGGGGAGGAACCCCAACGGUGACCCUUGGAAGCCACUUAUUUAGAGCAACCAAAUAA